AUGGCACUCGUGGGCUGGUGCAGGUUCUGGGUGGGUAGGGGCUCGGCAUGCCCUGCACUCAGCGUGGCCGGCCAGUGCCUGCUGGGCUUGACUGGGGGCAAGCUCCCUCUGGGCUGCCAGAGUUCCUGGGCUAGGUGCCACAGUCCCGUGGUGAGUACCAUUGAGAGAGAUAUCUAUGCUUUAUGUGUGGCCUGUCCUGAACCCCCUGGAGAAAGACUUUAUACAGAAACUAAGAUUUUUUUUGAAAAUCACUUUCGGCAUUUGCACAAGAGAGUUCUGGAGUCAGAAGAACAAGUACUUGUUAUGUAUCAUAGGUACUGGGAAGAAUACAGCAAGGGUGCAGACUAUUUGGACUGCUUAUAUAGGUAUCUCAACACCCAGUUUAUUAAAAAGAAUAAAUUAACAGAAGCAGACCUUCAGUAUGGCUAUGGUGGUGUAGAUAUGAAUGAACCACUUAUGGAAAUAGGAGAGUUUUAUCAGGAAAUCUUUGAGUCUCCCUUUCUGACUGAAACAGGAGAGUAUUAUAAACAAGAAGCUUCAAAUUUAUUGCAAGAAUCAAACUGCUCACAGUAUAUGGAAAAGGUUCUAGGUAGACUAAAAGAUGAAGAAAUUCGAUGUCGAAAAUACCUACAUCCAAGUUCAUAUACUAAAGUGAUUCAUGAAUGUCAGCAACGAAUGGUAGCAGACCACUUACAGUUUUUACAUGCAGAAUGUCAUAAUAUCAUUCGACAAGAGAAAAAAAAUGACAUGGCAAAUAUGUACGUCUUACUCCGUGCUGUGUCCACUGGUUUACCUCAUAUGAUUCAGGAGCUACAAAACCACAUCCAUGAUGAGGGCCUUCGAGCAACCAGCAAUCUUACUCAGGAAAACAUGCCAACACUAUUUGUGGAGUCAGUUUUGAAAGUGCAUGGUAAAUUUGUUCAACUUAUCAACACUGUUUUGAAUGGUGAUCAGCACUUCAUGAAUGCAUUGGAUAAGGCCCUUACGUCGGUUGUAAAUUACAGAGAACCUAAGUCUGUUUGCAAAGCACCUGAACUGCUUGCUAAGUACUGUGACAACUUACUGAAGAAGUCGGCGAAAGGGAUGACAGAGAAUGAAGUGGAAGACAGGCUCACGAGCUUCAUCACGGUGUUCAAAUAUAUUGAUGACAAGGAUGUCUUUCAAAAGUUCUACGCAAGAAUGCUGGCAAAACGUUUAAUUCAUGGGUUAUCCAUGUCUAUGGACUCUGAAGAAGCCAUGAUCAACAAAUUAAAGCAAGCCUGUGGUUAUGAGUUUACCAGCAAGCUACAUCGGAUGUAUACAGAUAUGAGUGUCAGCGCUGAUCUCAACAAUAAGUUCAACAAUUUUAUCAAAAACCAAGACACAGUAAUAGAUUUGGGAAUUAGUUUUCAAAUAUAUGUUCUACAGGCUGGUGCAUGGCCUCUUACUCAGGCUCCUUCAUCUACAUUUGCAAUUCCCCAGGAAUUAGAAAAAAGUGUACAGAUGUUUGAAUUAUUUUAUAGCCAACAUUUCAGUGGAAGAAAACUUACAUGGUUACAUUAUCUGUGUACAGGUGAAGUUAAAAUGAACUAUUUGGGCAAACCAUAUGUAGCCAUGGUUACGACAUACCAAAUGGCAGUUCUUCUUGCCUUUAACAACAGUGAAACUGUCAGUUAUAAGGAGCUUCAAGACAGCACUCAGAUGAAUGAAAAGGAACUGACAAAAACAAUCAAAUCAUUACUUGAUGUGAAAAUGAUUAACCAUGAUUCAGAAAAGGAAGAUAUUGAUGCAGAAUCUUCAUUUUCAUUAAAUAUGAACUUUAGCAGUAAAAGAACAAAAUUUAAAAUUACUACAUCAAUGCAGAAAGACACACCACAAGAAAUGGAGCAGACUAGAAGUGCAGUCGAUGAGGACCGGAAAAUGUAUCUCCAAGCUGCUAUAGUUCGUAUCAUGAAAGCACGAAAAGUGCUUCGGCACAAUGCCCUUAUUUAAGAGGUGAUUAGUCAGUCAAGAGCUAGGUUUAAUCCCAGUAUCAGCAUGAUUAAGAAGUGUAUUGAAGUUCUGAUAGACAAACAGUACAUCGAACGCAGCCAGGCGUCGGCAGAUGAAUACAGCUACGUCGCAUGAUGUCGCUCUCCUCCAGCGUGGUGUGAGAAGAUCAUUGCCAUCACCAUUUGGUGUAUUCCUGUGGGAAAAAGCAGGCCUAUGCCUCCAUAAUUUGGUCAUUUGGCAGCCCCUGUUUUCUGCUGUUUACAACAUCACCAGUGCCACGUCAUGAGCGUCAAAGAAAAUGCCUAGAGAUAUUUCAAGCUCAUGUCAUUAUGACAUUUCUUAAAACUUUAUUAAAAGAAUGAGUGAAGUAUUGCUGAAAUGUGGACAUUCGGUUGGGUACCAUGCUUUCUCUCCCCUUCACGUUUGCAGUUGAUGUGUCUUUUUUUUUUUUUUUUAAUGUAUCUUAAAGGACAUAAAAUUUAAAAACUUAAAUAUUGUAAUAUGACAGAUAACCUAAUAAUUGUAUCUACAUUAAAAUGACAAACAUGAUACUGCUGCUUGUCAAAUAAAAAAAAAUAAAGAAAGAGAAUGCC